GCUCUCUACAGCAUAAUUUUCUGGUUGGCAACAACCCAAGCAGGCAGCCAAGACAGACAGACAGACAACCUUCCAUCAACCACAACUCCCCAGCCAGCCACAACAACAGUCAGCGACAAGGACACCCCGUCUCACAAGAGCACACGCAGCUCACCAUGCCGCCCAAGAAGAAGGGCAAGGGAAAGGGAAAGAAGGGGAAGGGGAAGGGAAAGGGAAAAGCAGAAGAUGAUGCAAAGAAGGCAGAGGCCGGGCUCAUCGGCCUCACCCCAGAAGAGAUGGAAGGGAAGAUCAUGAGGUUGAGGGACGAGCUGGACCGGGAACGUGAGGAGCGCAACUACUUCCAGCUGGAGCGUGACAAAAUCAACACCUUCUGGGAGAUUACGAAGAAGCAGCUGGAGGAGUCGCGCGCAGUUCUGCGCAACAAGGACAGGGAGAUGGAGGAGAUUGAGGAGAAGCAUGCGGUGGAGAUCAAGGUGUACAAACAAAAGGUCAAGCAUCUCCUCUACGAACAUCAAAACCAAAUCACAGAACUCAAGACAGAUGCGGCCAUGAAUCUGCGCCUGGCGCGGGACGAGCUGUCGGAGGAUUCCGUCCAUCUCCGCAGAGACAAACGCGACCUCAAGGUGUCGAUGAAGGAGCAAGAGCUGGAUCACAUUGCGGCGGUGAAGCAGCUGCAGGUCGAGUACGACAAGAAGAUGACGCAGCUGUAUGAGGAGAAGGAGCAGCAGGGGCGGGAGAUCCGGCAGAAGUACGAGCAGAUGAUGGACGCGUUGCAGGAGGACAUGAACUUGCAGCGCAAGGCGGAGAUACACGAGAUCGAGGAGCGCAAGAACCAGCAAAUACACACGCUGGUGAAGAACCACGAGAAGGCGUUUAGCGACAUCAAGAACUACUACAACGACAUCACGCUGAACAACCUGGCCCUCAUCAACACGCUCAAGGAGCAAGUGGAGGAGAUGAAGAAGCGCGAGGAGCGCACAGACAAGCUCAUGGCAGAGGUGGCCUCGGAGAACAAGAAGCUUGUUGUCCCCCUGCAAGAGGCGCAGGCCCGCGUCGCAGAGCUCGAGAAGCAGCUUGCGAGCCACGAGCGGGACAAAAAGUUCCUGCGCAAUGCCAAGGCGCGGAUCAAGGUGCUUGAGGACGAGACGAAGCAGCUGGAGUGGGAGCGGGAGGUGCUCAAGCAGCGGUUUGCAGAGGUGGAGGGCGAGCGCGACGAGUUGUAUGAGCGCUUUGUCAAGACCAUCUACGACGUGCAGCAGAAGAGCGGCUUCAAGAACAUCAUCCUGGAGAAAAAGCUCUCGGCGCUGGCGGAGUCCCUCGAGAAGAAGGAGGCGCAACUGAACGAGGUGCUGGCGGCAUCCAACCUCGAUCCCACAGCGCUGGCGGUGGUGACGCGCAAGCUGGAGGAUGUGCUCGACUCGAAGAACGCGGCCAUCAAGGACCUGCAGUACGAGGUGGCCAAGAUGUACAAGACAUACAACGACACCGUGCGCACCUUCCAGUCCAAGAUGGGCGAGUUUGGCAUCCCCAUGGAGGAGCUUGGCUUCCAGCUGCUCAACCCAGAUCCAGACCAGCCCCUCGGCAAGGCGCCAGCAGGCCUUGUCUCCACCACUUCCUAACACACAGAGAGAGAAUGUGUGUGUGCGUCUGUGUCUGUGUGCGCGCGCGCGCGUCUGCGUGUGUGUGUCUAUGUGUGUGUGUGUGUGUGCAUGUGGCGUGUGGCUGUGUGUGUCUGUGAGUCAAUGUGUUCUUUCUUCCCCCCUCCUUCCUCCUUUGCAUUGUGUUCGCUGAGCCCUUGUUUGUGUUUGGUCGUGCCUUUAUACACACAACAACAUCAGCAACAUUCUGUCUUCCCAGCAGCGGUCUCAUGUUGGUCAUACUUGUGUCUUGUGUGACAUGUGUGAUGUGGUGUGCUGUCACCAUCUUGUCUGUUGCCUCUUCUGUCGUCCAAGUUCUGAUGAUUUGUGAAAGAUACCAGAUAAAAUUCUGCAUAACAACGCCAAA